AAAUGAAACGUUGUUACACCGCUAGCGCACCUCUUAUUUAAAAUUGUAUAAUUAUUGCAAAAAUAUACUUGCAUUUAUGCAAUGAGAUUGUUUUACUAAACUUAGAAGGCGCAAAAACAGCCAAAAUGUCAAAAUAUAAUCAAAACGCAAAGUUAACCGCACAAAACCAGCUUAUACAAUGGAUAAACGACGCUGGCAUGUCAGAUGGCAAGAAGAAAUCGGACCUCUUAAGGAAGAUUUCAGAGGUUCUGGUACACCAGCUACCUGAAAUGAUUCCUGUGUACAUGGAAAACAUUCUAAGCUACAUCAAUGACAAAAACAAUGAAGUAAAAAAACAAGUUGUAACUUUCAUAGAGGAAGUAAGCAAGAUCCAACCUGAACACCUCCCCACCAUAGUAGGGAAGCUGCGAAUAUCAAUCAUAGACACAGUAAUCGCAGUACAGAAGCGAGCCAUCCAGGCGGCCAGUAUUGUGUACCGGAACUCUCUUCUGUGGCUCUGUGAAAGUGAUGCGCCAUACACUGAUAAGGAGCAUGUGUGGCAGCAGCUUUCUGCUCUUAAGCUCUUAGUCCUAAACAUGAUAGACAGUGACAACGAGGGUAUCCGCACCCACUCCAUCAAGUUCCUAGAGGAGGUGGUUCUGUUACAAACAGCUGGUGAGCCUGCUGAAGGAGAGUUCAGUCUGGACAGACUGCCCGAGAGCCUGACUUUUAUCAAGAGGAGGGCUUUGGAAGAGGAGUCAGAGCAUAUCUUCACACUGUUGGUAAAGUUCCACAACUCCCAACACAUCUCUAGCGUCAACCUAAUGGCUUGCAUGACGACUUUGUGUCUCAUAUCCAAGUUCCGACCAAAAUACAUGCCACGAGUCGUACAAGCUCUCGGGGACCUUCACACGACGUUACCUCCGACCCUGUCGCAAUCGCAAGUCAACUCUGUUAGGAAACAUCUCAAGAUGCUGCUGGUAAAUCUAAUAAAACAUCCCUCGUCAAAUGAUAUGUUACCUCAGUUAACCCAGCUUUUAAUAGACAUCGGAAUGACCCAGCAAGAGAUUAAUAAAGCGGUUCCUAAAGAGAGAAGGAACAAGCGAUUGGGAGAAAUUAAAACCGCGGACAUCCCCACCAAGAGAAUAAGAAUUGAUUCGCCUCAAAGCAACAGUCAAGGCAGCGACAGCAACAGCCGAGGCGAAUUCAAUUACGACGAUGACAGCCAAACAAGUUUAUCUAAACAACCAACCGUUACUGAAGAUACGCUAUUUGAAGGGCUCGAUAAUGCAGACAAUGUAGUCAAACUUGUGACAGCCACGCUAGUUAAUAAUCUACCAAGUGAAAUGCCUAGCAGUUUUGUAACUUUAUACAAGCCCAUACCGAAUGCAGGCAGCAAAGUUCAGAAGAGAUCUCUCGCUAAAAUGAUACAUAGUCUCAUUAAGGACGAAUCUGCACCUCCGCCCGCCCCCGUCCCCGUCCCAGCGCCCGUACCACCUGUCUCUGAAACCAUUAAAAUCCCGUUAUUAAGAGACGAUGAAGAAAAGAUCACACUCAAGCAAGCAGUAGCCAAACUGCAACAGUCUACCAAUGCUGACAGAGAAGCGGAGAAAAUCAUGGAAGAAACUAGGCAAGAUUUCCUUAAAGAAGAAGAACGGAAGAAUAAGGAAAAAGAAAAGGCGAUUCCUCCGCAGACUCCCACAGUUCCUAAGCUAAAACAGAAAGUGAAGCUACUUAAACUGCAAGAGAUCACUCGGCCUAUACCAAAGGAAAUAAAGGAGAGGUUAAUUCUACAAGCGGUCACCAGGAUUCUUAACGCAGAGAAGGAAGCCGCGAUAGGCGGAGCUUCCUCUAUACGCGGAAAGUUAAUCACAAUCUUCGCUUCAAGCUACACACCAGAAAUACGCGACCUAGUGCUCAAUUACAUCCUAGAAGACCCAACCAACCGUAUCGACUUAGCUCUGUCAUGGUUGUACGAGGAAUACGCCUUCAUGCAAGGUUUUAGCCGGCACCCUGUGACUUUACAGCCAAAGAUGCAUGAGAAACACGAUCAGAAUUACAAUCAGUUGCUGUGUGCGUUGAUAACGCAGGUGUGUGAGCGCGUGGAGCCAGUCGUUGAAGGUGCCAAGGAUAUGUUGCUAAGGAAGAUAUACUUGGAAGCCCCGCUGGUGACUGAGGAGUCGGUGGACUACUUGAAGCAUCUGGUGGCGGAGAACAACGUGCCCGUGCUGGCGAUGGAGAUCUUGGAGGAGCUGUGUUUGUACAGAGCGCCCUGGGCGCAUAAGUACGUGGCUGCACUCGUCUGUAAUGUCAUGAGUCAAAACGAAGAAAUCCGUGACCUAGCACUCAAUGCUACCCUCAAAAUCUACGCCAGCAGCACGGAAGCGGUUAAAAAAGUUGUCGAAAAACACGCACGUCUAUAUCUCGGUUUCAUCGCGAUGCCGAACCCGCCUAGCGAGUUCGCAGGCGACCAGGCCCGUCACGGCGUCCGACCCACAUGGACCGACGACCUGUACAAGAUGUGCCUUAACUUGGUUAUGGCACUGUUUAUGGAUAAUGAGGAGCUGAUGAUCGAGGUGGGGCGCGUGUACGGCGGCGCGCCGGCGGAGGGCAAGCGCGCCGUGCUGCGCGCCGCCGAGGCGCCGGCGCGCGCCGCCGCCGCCGCGGGCCGCCGCCGCGCCUUCCUCGCGCUGCUGGACGACUGCCCGCGCGGCGCCGACACGCUGCUCACGAGGCUCCUGCAUAUUUUCACUGAGAAAUGCCCGCCCACACAGGAACUGGUGUCGCGCGUGCGUGCUCUCUACGCCACGCGCGUGUCCGACGUGCGCUUCCUCAUACCAGUGCUCAACGGGCUCUCCAAGAAGGAGAUUAUAGCUGCGUUGCCAAAGUUAAUAAAGCUAAACCCGAUGGUUGUGAAAGAGGUGUUUAACAAGUUGCUCGGACUGCAGAACCCUAACGAGGAAGUUUUACCAGUCUCACCCGCGGAGUUGCUGAUAGCGCUACACCUGAUCGACCCCGGCGUGGUGGACCUCAAGUACAUCAUCAAAGCCACCGCGCUGUGUUUCGCGGAGAAGCAAGUUUUCACACAGGAGGUGCUAGCAAUAGUGCUACAGCAACUAAUCGAAGAGCCAGACAUACCUGUGCUGCUCAUGCGAACAGUGCUGCAAGCGCUUACACUGCAUCCCUCGCUGCAGCCGCUCGUACUCAACAUACUGCAACUGCUCAUUGAGAAGGAGGUGUGGAACAAUAAAGUAGCGUGGGAAGGCUGGGUGAAGUGCUGCGAGCGCACGCUGCCGGGCUCGGCCGCCGUGCUGCUGGCGCUGCCCCCGCAACCGGCGGCGCUGGCCGCACAGGUGCCCCCCCUGCGGGCCGUGCUGCAGGAACAACAGUACCCGCCAGUGCCUCCACCAGGAAAUACUCACGGAAACGCUCUAGGAAACCCACUAGGAAACCCGCUCCCCACUGGGAAUCCCCUGGAACCACUCCCCCCCGGGAUGGAAUGACCCCGCCCCUCGACUAGUGACACACUAUAAGUGCAACGUAUGAUGCGUGAUGAUGCUUAAAGUCAAAAUACAUACAUAUACAUAAAUAUUACCAUAUGGGAUUUUGUUGGAAGAUUCGACAGCUAAACUAUACUAUUAUGACCCUUAUUUUAAGCCCGCAGUGGUGAUUUUCCUAAAAAAUUAGGGGGCAAAAGGGCCAUUGAGUAGUUCACCGUAUAUGUGCUCGCCAUGUUAACACUUUUACUGUCCGUGCAUGACAUGUAAUGCACCGUCCAAUUAACUCUUGUCAAGUCUACGUGACGUCAGAAAUGGAUAGCUCUGUAAGCUUAUGCAUCACAUAUAAUGCACGGACGUAUCGACCCAUGUCAUUGUUGAAAGCGAGGGACAGUAAGUGUUAAUUCCAAAAUGAAAUGUACUAAACUGUGACGACACUCGGGCGUCUACCAUAAUUCUUUCUCAUUACCAUGUUAUCUUGCGUAUUCAGGAAAUAUAUAUGGAAAGGUGCGGGCGCCGAAGUCAGUGCAAUCUUAACAUGGUCGCAGUCUAGGGAUGUUGUAUUUUGUAUUGUAAUCUCGUAAGGCUAUACAAGAUUUUGAUGAAUGAAGGAUGAAUUUCGUUUGUUUGGGAUGAAUUGGGUUUAUGAAAGGUUCCAAUUAGAUUGAAACGGAGUGUACAUUGUAAUUCACAUUUGGCCUUACGAGAUAAAUAGUUCUGCGAUGUUGAUCGGUUUCCAAUUUUAAACUUGACCAAACCGGUUUUCUCAUGACCCUGAAUAGGGUAUUUGACUACUAAUCAAAUCAGUUUCUUUUUUCGAACUGUCAAAACGGUUUUGCGACUAUGGAAUUUAUAUGGACUUCCGGUUCGAACGCCAUCUUGAUAGUAGCCUCGUGAUUAAUUCCUUUGUUUUUUGCUCAUUAAAAUUGUUUAAAGUGUAAUAUCGAUAGCUUUAUUAUACAGUAAUAUAAUUUGGUAGUGUGCAGUGAAUGGAGAAUUAAUCUCAAAGCGUGUUUAACCACCAUUUUGGAGUCAACGGCCGUGCUUCUCGUAAAAUCCAGCUAUCGGUUUUACGAGAUAACAACAACAAUAACUACCGAACAACAUCGUGCUCUAAGAGCAUUUGGUAUUUCUACCUCUAACAGUGUCUGGCUAGAGCCCUGGAGGCCCAUAAUUUUAUUUACCAUACACUGGCUGAAGAAAAUUAAGAAAUAUUAAUUCGAUCCCACGUGGAUCCCACUUUAACGUUGACGAAAUCAUCGACAGUAUCGAUGGAGCCAUACUACUUAAAGAUUGAUUGAUUGAUUGGUAUUUAUAUGAAACACUAGCAUGUGUCACAAUCAAAUUACCUACUCUUCAUAGUUUUAUACGCGUUUUAAAAUAGAAAUUGUGUCUAAUAAAAAUAACUGCUGUCUACGUGUCUCUAUUAAUCUUUUGGUGCUUUAUUUCAUGCAUGGUUUAUUUAUGCAAUAAACGAUUAUGAUUAUGAUUUUAAUUUAUUUUAAAUACAGUCAAAUACCCUAUAUUGUUAAAUGUUUCAUGGAUUAUGUU